GGGGGCGAGCUGCACUUCUCCGGUCGGUCGUAUAAAUAGGGAGCGGCGGACACAGACAACGUCAACAACAACAACAACUCAAACCGGAUCCUCCUCGCCCGGACCACAUCGUAGGAACCGAACAAACGUUGCUGCUUCUCCCAGCAUAUUCCCCUCCCCUCUCCGCCGUUCAACUUACCCCCGUCGCCCACGCGGGAGGAGCAAUGGCGGUUCAUCCUCCUCCGACGACGUUCCAUUCCCUCGUGGCUCCCCGCGCUUCUCUGCCGUUCCGCGAUCGCGCCGCCCUCGGGCCGACGCCGCGCCGCCGCCUCGGAGCCGCGCCGAGGAUCGUCCUCUCGCGCUCUCGCAAGCGCUCGUCUUCUUCGGAUGGCUUCGAACCUUCGCUCCGGACGGAGCAUUCCGGCGCUCCGAUUGGAUCGCCCGCUCGCCGUUCCUCGGCCUCGGCCAUUGAUUUCCUCACGCUGUGUCACCGGCUCAAGACCACCAAAAGGAAAGGGUGGAUCAAUCAAGGGAUUGAUGGUCCUGAGUCAAUUGCUGAUCAUAUGUACCGCAUGGCAUUGAUGGCUUUAAUUGCUGAUGAUCUUCCUGGACUGGAUAGGGAAAGGUGCAUCAAGAUAGCGAUUGUGCAUGAUAUUGCUGAAGCUAUUGUUGGAGAUAUAACACCAGCAGAUGGCGUGCCUAAAGAGGAAAAGAGUAGGAGAGAACAAGCAGCUUUAGAUGAAAUGUGUCAAGUUCUUGGUGGAGGGAUGAGGGCUGAAGAGAUCAAGGAACUUUGGGCUGAGUAUGAGAACAAUUCUUCUCUAGAGGCUAAUUUGGUCAAAGAUUUUGACAAAGUCGAGUUGAUUCUGCAAGCCCUGGAAUAUGAGAUGGAACAUGGGAUGGUGCUGGAUGAGUUUUUCCUUUCAACAGCAGGUAAGUUUCAGACUGAAAUUGGAAAGAGCUGGGCAGCCGAGGUUCUUUCAAGGAGGAAUGCAAGGCUAUCGAAUGGGCUGAGCUAACUGCUUCAUUCUUCAUUAAUAAGUCCCUUUCUUUUGCAUCGAGUUGGGGCCAACUUUCUGGAUUAAGAUUUCUUAUGGACAAUCAUCUCAAGGUUACGUCCUUCUUGCUACUCCCACAGCAUUGGGAGUAUAGACUGAUAGCUCUUCUCCUAGAAGCAGAGUCCCAAAUUUCAUCUGCCAACACCAACCAGCAGGAGUGCUAACUCAGAAAUUCACCAUUACAACUACAGGUACUGAAUCCCUUCAAUGGUUGCAUGAACUGUAGGGAAAAAAACUGUUCCCAUGUUACUUUUUUCUGUUUCGUUCUCACAAAUUUGUAUGUGUGAGAAUUGGAUGUAGCAAAUGAAAAUAGAAUAGAGAGAUAUGAAGGUUCCUUUGAUGUUGUGCUUUUCAACCCGAUAAGUAGCCUUAUAAAUUUUUCUGACUCGGUGCUCAACCUGCCAUAGCAAUGGAAAACAUGAUUUGAUCAA